UUACUGAGGUAAUCAGAAAGGAUGUCUGCUCCUGUCAGGUAGGCAUCACAGAGCAAGACAGCAGAUAAAUCGAUCCCAUGCGGUGUUUUUCAAUCAUCGGUAUCUGAUGCUUUCUGUAGGCUAUGUAGCUGGGCUGCAUUUUGAACAGAAAUGAAGCAAAAAUACAACCUAAAAUCAACUUAUGUGAAGCGGCGUGUUUGUGUGUUUUUGAUGACUGUGAGCCGUGGGGAUUGAGAGAAUGUGUUUCUGCUUGCAUUUGCUCGUCAGCAGGUGAGAGGAACCUUUGAGAUUUGUUUGGAAGGUGUGACCCCAGCAGCGCUUCAUAGCAGCCAGAGUGAAGGUGCGAGGAGAGAAAGAUCUCAUCAGUGAGGAGCUGGAUGGACGGAUGGAUGCCUCUGGUGGGAGGAAGGUCUCUCAAUCUCUCUCUUUCUCUGUCUGUCUCCUUCGGUCUUUAUCAAUCUUCUCUGGUGCGUGAGCGCGCGCCGCAGUUGUGAUCCGCGCGCGGGUGAUGAUGAUGAGAGCGUGACCUCACCGCUUUCUGCACAGCUGCUGGAGAGAGAGAGAGAGAGAGAGAGAGAGAGAGAGAGAGAGAGAGAGAGAGGAGGGUGACGGAGAGAGAGGGAGAGGGGAGACUCAGAGAGAGAGAAGCCAGCGAGCAACACAAACACGUUGAGAGAGACAGCAGCCGAGAACAUUCACAACACGGGGGGAUAACUGCGCGUGGACACCGUCGCGAGGCGUCCGUGGGCUGCUUCUCGCCAGCUUCGCCUCCCAGAAUGUUCUGCGCCCCCGGUCCGUUUCUUCCACGGUACACCAAACAGUCGCCGCGGCGUCCCCACGGACACUGAAGCCCAGAUGCUCACCCUCUCCGCCGACAUGGACGACUCCUCGUCGCUGCUGGAUCUGCUGGAGUGCUCGGUGUGCCUGGAGCGCCUGGACACCACGGCCAAAGUGCUGCCGUGCCAGCACACCUUCUGCCGCCGCUGCCUGGAGAACAUUGUCAGCUCCCGGAACGAGCUCCGCUGCCCGGAGUGCCGCAUCCUGGUGGACUGCGGGGUGGACGACCUGCCUGCUAACAUCCUCCUGGUUCGCCUCCUGGAUGGUAUCAAGCAGCGGCCCCAGCGAGGAAGCGGAGGAGGAGGAGGAGGAGCGGGCGGCAGGCAGUCCCUAGCCGGGGGCUCCCUGCAGGGGUACGCAGCCGGGAUAUCCGCCUCUCCUCCGGGCACUGCGAUUAGAGAGCUGCCUGUAGCCACCAGGAGCUCCCCUGUUAAGAACAUCCCAGCGCUACCUUGCGGUAAAGCCCUCUACUCGUAUGAGGGUAAGGAACCGGGCGACCUCCAGUUCUCCAAGGGUGACAUCAUCAUCCUGCGGCGCAAGGUGGACGACAACUGGUACCACGGCGAGCUCAAUGGUUGCCACGGUUUCCUGCCUGCUAGCUACAUCCAGCUGCUGCGUCCCCUGAGCCAAACUCCACCGCAGGGCAAAGCAUUGUACGACUUUGAGGUCAAAGACAAAGACCAGGAUAAAGACUGUCUGGCCUUCAGCAAGGAUGAGGUGCUGACAGUAAUCAGACGAGUAGAUGAGAACUGGGCGGAAGGCAUGCUGGGAGACAAGAUUGGCAUCUUCCCCAUUCUCUAUGUGGAGUUAAAUGAAACAGCAAAGCAGUUGAUGGAGAUUGACAAGCCUAUGCCAGCUAACGCUCCAGGUCCGAGCUCUGAUCCGGCCCCGUUGGGUCCCUGCUCUCCUGGACCCUCCCCCAGUGCCUCCCCUUCAAAUGGAAAUGGCUCUGGCCAUCGGAGAGGUGAAGGAAAGAAAAACGCCAAGAAGCGCCACUCGUUUUCUGCACUGUCCGUCAGCCAGAGGGCCGCCCAGCUCAACAACAGACACAGCAUGGAGAUCUCCCACCCGGUCCUCAUCAGCUCCUCUGACCCCAGAGCUGCUGCACGCAUCCAGGAUGCAUCACCCCCUGGUCCCUCCCCGUCCUCGGCAGGGGUACUGGUGCCCCCUAAAGUGGCAUCUAUAACCUCUGAGCUGCUGGCCCACGCCAAGGUGCAGCUGCCACUCAACAUAUACCUGGCCCUGUACGCCUACAAGCCCCAGAAGGCUGACGAGCUGGAACUUCGGAAAGGGGAGAUGUAUCGGGUGACAGAGAAGUGUCAAGACGGAUGGUUCAAAGGCACCUCGCUGAGAACUGCUGCGUCUGGCGUCUUCCCGGGAAACUAUGUCACUCCUGUGUCCAGGGCUCCCUUUGGAGUUGGUGCUACUCGGGGCUCGUGUUUGUCCAGUCCAGUCGGAGGAGGAGGAGGGUGCAGUCCAGUCGCGGGUAAAAUCUCCGACCCUUCGUCUCCAGGCUCCCCGGGGCCCUCUUCGUCCCGUCCCUCCACCCCACUGGUAAACUCAGCCAACUCUAUCAACAGCAUCAGUCCCGCCUCCUCGCCGCAAACUGCCGCCGCCCAGCUGAAGAACUGCCUGCGCUCCAGCCAGCACACGGUGAACCAGGCACGCACCUCAAUGCAGCUGGGUAAGCACUUCCACAGUCCCCCAGCUGGAAGCCCAGAGCGCCCCACGGUGGCCAUCUCUCCCCUGCGUCCUCAGAGCUCCUCCCCCUCGCGCUGCCCUGGCCAAUCGGGUCGUCCUCUCUCCAUGGUGUCUCCAGGACCCAGCUUAGGGCCCUCGCCCCUCUCCUCCCCAGCUUCGCGUCCCAUCCUCCCCCUGUCCUCCCCUCUUUCUUGUCUCACCCCUCCGAACGUGUCAGCGGUGCUCCUCAACGGCGAGCCAGCCAGUCCACUGCAGCCUCCAUCGCCGGGCCCCUCCCAUGCUCCCACCCAGGGCGCCCUCGCACCCAAAGCAGAGAAGGAGAGGAAAGCAGGAGGUCUGUUAAAGCUCUUGUCGGGAGCCGCAGCCAAGAAGAAACCUCGCUCGCCCCCGUCCUCCCCGCCAACCCACGACCCCUCAUUGGCUGGCCAAGGCGCCGUGGCCACCGACCCCGCCCACCAUCCUCACCACCAUCACCACCACGCCCGCUCAGGUUCCUGUCCAAUGGCGUCGCAGGGACGAGCCGGAUCCUGUCCAAUCGAGAGCGAGAUGGCGGGGGCGAUGGGCCUGGAGCCUCUGCACAGGAAGUCCGGUUCCCUGGACACCAACUUCCCCAUGUCGCCCCCGGCAACACGCGCUGGCAAUGCUCUGAUGGUCCUCAGGCCUGAACCCAAACCCCUGUCCAGAGAGAGGUAUCGUGUGGUGGUGCCCUACCCACCCCAGAGCGAGGCGGAGAUCGAACUGCGGGAAGGAGACGUGGUGUUCGUUCAUAAGAAGAGGGAGGACGGCUGGUACAAAGGCACCCUGCAGAGGACGGGACAGACCGGCCUGUUUCCCGGCAGCUUCGUCGAGAGUUUCUGAACUGCAGAAAGUGAACAAAUGAGCGCACACUGUUCCUGUUUCUGAGUCAUACAACACACACAAACACAAGGUACAGACACACACAUACACAAACGUUGGGCUGAUAUUGGAUUCCGAGAUUUAUACUUUUAAGUUAACCCUCGUGUUGUCCUGCUGGACAAAAUUGACCCGUUUUAAAGUUUGAAAAUGUGUAAAAAAAAAAUAUAGAUAUAUUUUCACAGUGAAACUUCUGAUGUCCACAUUUUCAACAUUUUUGGGAAAUCUUUGAACAUUUUUUUGUGGAAAAAAAGAAAUGUUAAAAAUGUUUCUUAAGAACAUUCGCAAAAAAUACCAAAAUCCAGCAAAUUUCCCUGGAUUUUGGCUGAUUUUUUUGUGAACGUUCUUAAAGAAAAUAUUAGAAGUUUUACUGAUAUAUAUGUCAUAACUUUAGAUAUUUUUUAGGAUUUUUUGGGAAUAUUUUUACUCAGUUUUUGAAAAUAUUUACAAGAAUUUUUUUGCCAAAUUUGGUUGAUUUUUAAAUGGAACGUUUAAGGGAUUAUUGGAAUUUUCUUCCUGAAGGUUUUGCAAAUUUUCAGAAAUUUGGGAAUUUUUUUCUGCUGAAUUUUUGAAUUUUUUUUCAGACAAGGAAACAAUCAUUUUUGGUCCCCAUAAAUAAGGACAACAGGAGGGUUAAUGAUAGGUGAACACUGACCUGCAAAAAAAAAAAAUCAAUUUAAACUUGCCUUAAGAAGCUGCUAACCCUAAAAAUUUAAUUUGUGUGGAUUUAAAGUGAAGAAUUUAAAUUUACCAUGUUGAUCUCCAAGCAUGAUUUAGUCAUUUUCCCAGAGUAAUUGGUUAAAAAACACUGGACUUUGAAUUUAAAACAUGUUACUGUCAAAAACUAAUGAGAAUAGUCUUCAGAAAUCCUUAUCAGUCCAACUAACACACACACGCUGUACAGGAAAGCUCGUCCCGGCUUCAACCAGCCCAGCCACAACAAGCAGGGCAGCUUUCCGUUCACCGGCCCAGCGCUGGGUCAGAGGGGCUCCACCAGACUCGGUUUACAGGCCCGUGACGUUGACUACUGAAGGCACACAAGACUCAAAGAGCACAGAAGGACGAACCCUGCCUCCCAGUUCUCCUCCUCCUUGGCAUCAUCCACCAGCAAACACUAGCACAAGAAGCAUUAGCUCUGCUUUUCCACUGAGACCUCAGAACUUGUAAUCGGGUGCUUUCUCCGUUUGAGAAGUGAAAAUUUCACGGCCAGGCGACGAGGGAAGUGCGUGAGCCGACACUCCAGGAUCAUUGUAAGCACAUCUCCGCGUCUAAUGUGUGACGAGCACAUGUUUCCUUUCAGCCCAAUAUGUGUUGACGAUGCAUGUAGCAUUAUUACGUUUUUUUAUAUGUUGAAAUAGAUGUUUGUGUUGUCAGGCUGUGAUGAUGCAUCACAGGGAGUUUAAUAUAAAAUCAAAUGGUGCAAAUAGUCAAAUAUGAAUUAGGUCCUUCAUUUUUUUUUCUAUUUAUAUCUUUUAACAUAAAUUAUACAACUUUUUUUAUGUUACUUUUAUUAAUUAAAUUUGGUUUUCAUAGGACCCACAGUUGGAUUAAACUGAAUUAACUGGCUUGUUGAAUGUAAAAAAGAGCAGCAAGUUACACCAAAAGUCUUUUAAAGGAUUCAUUUGUAUUUAUAAAGUUGUUUUUGAACUUCUGUAUGAGAUUAGAAACUAAAGAAAUGCACUCGGUUAAUAAUAUUUGAUACAACCUGCCAGUGUACCUACACAUACAGUAUUUUACACAUGUAUUUACUUGACAAAAGGGAUUUCCACUGCUGCUUGUCUCAUCCUUCGGGUUAUAAACAUGAAUUUUCUUUAAGCAGGCACAAAUAUCUUUGCUGGGGCAAAAUGACUUAAUCUUUAUUCAGCCUUUUUUUAGUCUGACAAACCAACAAAAUCAUAGUUACCAACAUGAACGCUCCUCAGAAAUUCCCUACUUGAAAUACAAAGAAUUCUGUCACAAAGAUUGCUAGCAGUAAUUCCUCUUCCUAAGCCUUUUCUUCAGAUGGAGUUGAUGGUUUUUUUCUGACUGCAGCAACAUUGCGAAGCCAAACGUGCGCUGAUUCGAUGCUUGUGUCAAGGAAGCGCCUGCGAGUCGGAGCGCAGGGACACGGGUUUUCCCAUCAUACGACUGCCAGCCUUUGACUUUUUCGCCGAUCUUGUCGACCUUGAACAAGUGUUUUUGUACCGCUUUAGUGAGCGUGGAGUCAAGUCUGCUUCUGUGAAUCUUUGCGUCCUGAAUGUGGAUCCGGGCUCGUCUAGUUUACAUCCUACCACAACCAUCUACCUUUUUUCCCUGUUGGUGGAGACAGAAGCACAGCGACACUCAGACCUUGACUGUAUGAGGACAUCAGAUAGCGAGAGGUCAGCAGUGAGAAGAACACAGUUGCAGGGCGUGAGUGACUUUCCUCACCUGCUUUUUUUUUUCUUUAAAUGGGCCAGAAUGAAGCACAAACAAACCGCUUAUUCAUUUAUUAAGCACACAAAUUGGCUCUAACCUGAAACUAAGAGUCUCCAAUUGGUGAAGCACUAUUGAGUCUUUUAUGGCACAUUGGGAAGACAGUAAAUACAAACAGAUGGAAAAAGAAUUCAAUCCACAUGGACUCAAAAUGGCACAAAACAACUUCUUUUGUUUGUUUGUUUGUUUUUGGCAUUUUAUCAGUAAAUUCUUCCCAAACUCUAGAGGACAACAAAAUCAUAGUUUGGAAACUUAAGUUACGUCUUAUUCCCGGUUGAUCCAACUGCAGAAUAAACACUAAGAUCUGAGUGAAACCUUCCAACAAGAUCUCCACAGACUAGCAGUAAACAAGCACAAGACGGGAGCAACAGCACAGAUCAUAAAUCGGACUCAAAAGUGGAGCUUUUUAAUAACCUCUCUCCCCCCGUUUAGCUCUCAUACUUUGAUAUAUGGCAACACACUAUAUUCUCAGCGUAGUAAAAAAAAAAAAAAAGACAAGUAUAAUUUAAAAUGUAAGCAAGAAAACAUGAUUUGUUAACAUGUCCACCCUGGACUCUGAAGUGAAGGUGACCUGUCAGGAUGUUGUUAUCAUCCUCUGGCCAGUGGCAGUGCACUAUGGGUAAUCCUGGAGCAACAGAUAAACCAAAAACACUCGAUCACAGCUCACACAAACUCGAGUUCGACUGAAGUUUUCUCGUUUUGUAUCGCAGAUAUGAACAGCUAGUCUGACUCUAUACGCAUUAGACUGAUCAAUUUUGUCUAUUUGAUCUCAUUUUGUACCAGACUAUGACCUUUGUAUGAGUUUAAUGGGGUGUUUUGGUUCAGUCAAUUAAAAGUGCCACUUUAUUUUCCUUGAAAAUAACAAAAAGGGGAAAGUAAAUGUCAAAUUUUGGAUAUUAGUUAUAGGAAACUUCGAUCUAAACAUCGUUCCACUGGCCUUCAAACCCUGUCAGUCAAACCCUAGUGCCUACAAAUGUCAGCACACACACACAAAUACACACUCCUCAAUUUAUUCUAGGCUCUUUCCCUCUUUCUUUCUGUAUGUAUCAGUACGAUGAGCCUGCUGGUUGUGUCUGUCGGAUCAGGCUCGAUGGCAAUAACCAGCAGAUCCCGGAACAACUCUACACGAACCCCGAGCAGGGCUUUUUUUUUUUUCUUUAUCUGUUUGUACGCCCGCUGAACUGAGGACUCUAAUUUCUAUUGAGUGAAACUUAAGCACAAGUCCUCAUUUGUGUUCACCAGAUCAGCGCAUCUCCAUGGAGACGACGCUGUGAGGAGAAAGAGUUUACAACAGUCAAAACGUCAGGAAUAAAACCACUGCUGCACGGUGGUCACUUUACAUAAAAUAACUUGAACCGCUGGUUUCUCCGAUGUUUUCAUGUGUUUUAAUUACGUGAUGUGAGCUUGUUGUUUGCCUCAGCUUCCUGGUUGUAAAUACCACUCAUUCAGACGGCUUGAAAAAUGUAAAACGAGCUGCCAACAGCGGCGGUUAUUCCCACUGGGCUUGAACACAACAUAAAACACCCCAGUGCACAGCAGUAUGGUCAUCAAUUGGCUUCAUCAAAUUACUCCCCAAGCUUUUUUUAUUUAAAUUUUUUCUCCCAUCCUUCCAGGAAGCCUGAGCUCUCACCCUGCCAUCUUGAACUAGAUGUCGGUCAUAUUUGUUCCUAUGGAUACUUGGGUGUUUGUGUGUGUGUGAGAGGGCGGGAGGAGGCCUCUGUAUGUAGCUCUUUACACAAAAAAAAGAAACUUUAUGAAAAAGCUUGGUGCAGCAUGGACGCUCAUGCCUCAUCAGGACUAAGUCGAGAUGGAAAAGCGGCGGUACAGCAAGAGAAACAGAGAAAAAAAAAGAAGUAUAUAUAUAAUUCUAUAUUGUGCAGAAUAUUUAUAGGCCUUUUGUGCCAUUUGAAGUCAUGCUCUGUGCUGGCCACGCCCAGCGCUCUCUACCAUGUGAUCAUUAUACAUCGUCUUGUACUGAUGACCCGUGGUUGAUUUGAUUGUUUUUUCAUGUCAAGUGCAUUUUUCGCAAUAAAUGCCUUUGUUUUAAAACCGA